CCAUAUAGGACUUCAUGGUAUUAUUUAUGGUACACUAUUGUGUUCUAAAGAAUCCUAAAAAUGUGGAACAUGAGAUCCUAAAGAAUAAACGGAUUGGGAAAUUCCGAUAUUACCUUUUACGUUUUGAAAGUUAAAAAAUAUUAUUUUAGUGUCUUUAGUAAAAUGUUAAUUUUAAAAGUAAUAAUAAGUUAGAGAAUCAAACUUUAUGUAGUAUAAACUUUUAAAGUAUAACUUAACUAUUCAAAGUGUAUCUAUAAAAUGAGACCUUACAUAGAGUUGGUAGAGAUUGGACUAAAACUACACAAUUUAGAGGAAAUCAAAGCACUGCUCAACAAUGUUUUAGAAGAUGUUGACUUGGUCAUGAAAAAAGGAAAAUUAUGGAUUGAGGAAAAAGAAACAUCAACUUUCAUGGAAAUGAAACAAUUCAUUACAGAGACAACGUCACACAUUUUAAAUCGUUGCACAUCUGUAACACGUCAUAAAACUAAAGAGUUGGAUGUACCAGCUUUAAGUGUGGAACAAGAUACUCUUAAUCUGCAAUUGACAUUAAAAGUGAAAGAGAUGGAUUCUAAUUUCUCGUUACAAAGUAAAAAAAUAAAGAAACUCCAACAAAAUCUAAAGGAUCAACAAACAAUCGUUGAAAGACAGGAAGAUACAAUAGAAAUGCUGUUUAAUGAUUUCGAGAAUGAAAAUAAUGCAAAGUUUAGUGAAACAGAAAAUAAAUUCAAUGAUCGAUUUCAAGAAAUUCGCGAAGAGUUUAUGACAGAACUUCAAGCUGCUAGUAGUUUUAUAUCACAACAACAAACUCAAUGGGAGACUUUUUGUCUAGAAUUGAAAGAAAAACAAGAAAUAGAUAAAAUACAAGACCAAAAAGAACUGGAUGUUCAUACCAAGAUAGAAGAAUUGUUUAAAAAACAAAAAGAGUUGAGCAAAAAGUUUGAAAACAUCAUCGGAAAAGAAGAUUCUCAAAGAAAACUUUUUUUCAAAAUAAGAAAUCUUCAAAUGGAAUUUACAAGAUUUAGAGAAAAAGAAUUUUACUGUGAAAACACUGGUCAAUCUGAUGUGAAAUGCAAUGACAAAUGUUAUCAUGUCAUAGGCCAACAAGAUCAACAAAUAUCUGAUGGUGGACAAGAUUAUCUACAUGAAUAUCUAGCUGACUGUUUGCGACAUCCAGGUCAUUUAGAUUUCAUACCUGUUGAUACUUUAGGUUUGGAACAUUUACCCGAAGAUCUCAAUGACAAAGAUUUGUAUAACCUGAUCAAAGCUGUAGCAGACCUUACAGUCAGAGUGAAUGUCACUAUGACCAGUCCACACAGACCAAAGUUUUGGCCCAACACUAAAAUACCAUAUUCCUUGUACAACAUGAGAGGAAGUCAACAAUUAAGAACCGGAAAUGGAAUGGUACAAAAUGUUAACAAAAUCCUUGCAAAAACAUGUCCAUGCCUAAAAUGUCAACUUUCAGACAACCCAAAACAGUAUUAUUGGAGUGUUGGUUUUGGUACAAUUGCAAGCCUUGUUUUUGAUAACAUUGAAGCUAGUCAUACGACCUGCAGAUUUUUCUACGAUACAGAAUAUAGUCCAGAGAUAGUCCUAAAUGUAGAUGACAAGAAUGUUUAUAAAAGCGUAGAAAAUGAUUUGUCAUUUUUUUAUUGUUCUACUUGUGAUGAAGCAUUUGUUGACAAACUCGAAAAAUCGUUGAAACAGUUUUUACAUCUCCAACAAAUAGUUAAAACAAAAUAUAAAAAAACACUCACUGAGAAUAAAUUAAUGUUCCUGGUAUCACAUCCUCAUGGAUGUAGUAAACGGAUUUGUUUUGGUCAAUGGAGGGACAAAUAUACAACAUUUUUUCUAACAACCAGAUAUACCUACCUUACUUCAAUUUGUUCAGGAUGUAGUGGAGCUCCUGUCUACUUUUUGGGAGAUAAACGAUAUUAUCACAGUGGCAGUUUAAAUUCUGGACUCGGUUACAGUGAUUUUGGUGGAGAAAAAUACCAUGUUUUUUGGUAAAUGUGAUUUCAAAUUGUUGAUAUAAAAGCUGUUUAAUAUUGUGUCUUUAAAUGUAAUAAUACAAUUCAGUAUAAAAGCAAAAUUAUGGAUUUUCUAACAUUUUCUAAUAUGAUCAAUAAAACCUUUUUUUCAUAUUUCA